AUGGCCACCACCAACGGGUCACUGCUUCGUUGCGGGAAUAGUUCUUCUGAACUUCCUCAACCUGCGCCCACCUCUGCCGAUUCUCGAGACUUCGAAGGCCUGUCCGAACACUUAGACCUAGCCUCCCUCUCUCCUUCGACCCUAGCCAUCCACGCCGACGACCCUCUCAACGUUGUCGACGAUGUAGCCCCUCCAAUUCACGUCUCCACUACCUUCCGUUACGACAAAAACCCUUCGCAACUUCGUCCAUAUCAUGAACGAGCUGAGCCCAUUUUUGCGCCCACGGAACACAAUUACUCUCGUCACACGACACACAGUACAUCGCGCUUGGAAACGAUCCUGGGCGUGCUGUUGCAAAACCCUUGCUUAACAUAUUCUUCUGGACUCGCGGCAUUCAACGCAUUGAUAACGUUCUUGAAUCCAAAGAGAGUGGCCAUCGGGGCGGGAUAUCAUGGAUGCCAUGGUGUGUUGAGGCUCCAUCAGCGACUUUCCGGGUUGCAGCUCCUUCCACUGGACUGCAGGCCGGAGGAUUUACAAGAGGGGGAUCUUCUGCACUUGGAGACCCCGGUGAACCCUACAGGGCUGGCGUUCAAUAUCCAGCAUUACGCCGACAUUGCGCAUUCACGAGGUGCAUACCUCAGCGUGGACUCCACGUUUGCACCGCCACCCCUGCAGGACCCCUUCAAGCACGGUGCAGACGUGGUCAUGCAUUCGGGCACCAAGUACAUUGGUGGCCACUCGGAUAUGCUUUGUGGUGUGCUGGCAGUAAAACAGAAGGAGUGGAUUCCAAAGAUGUUGCAGGAUCGAGUGUAUCUGGGCUCCGUGAUGGGCGGUUUGGAAGGAUGGCUCGGGGUGAGGAGUAUUCGGACGCUGGAGCUCCGAGUCAUGAAGCAGAGUGAAUCGGCAAAGAGGAUAGUUGACGCCCUCGACGGCGCUCUGACGGGUCACACUGUCGGCACCGGCCUGUCUCUGUCUGACGCAGAAAUCAUCAAGUCUGUUGUCAAGGAAGUCCAUCAUGCGAGUCUGCAAACCAAAGAUUACAAGACUUGGUUGAAGAAACAGAUGCCCAAUGGCUAUGGCCCGGUCUUCUCCAUCGUUUUAAAAUCCCAGGAGCUAGCGAGGGCACUGCCUAGCAAACUCCAUCUCUUCCAUCACGCGACCAGUCUAGGUGGAAUUGAGAGCUUGAUUGAGUGGAGGACAAUGACGGAUUCGACAGUGGAGAAAGAUCUCCUGAGGGUUAGUAUCGGGAUUGAGGACGAGAAAGAUUUGCUUGACGACCUGAUCCAAGGCUUCAAGGCGCUGAACGCAAUCAAUGAGGCAACCAGCUAG